CCCCUUUACCCCUUCUACCCCCCCCUCUACCCUUUCAUAAACUACCUCCCCCACUCCCUCAAUCCAGUUCUUCUAUAAUGUUAUGAAAAAAUAAGCCAUGUCUUCUAUUGCAUUUUAUUCGAAAAUUUUAAUUUUAGGAUGAAUCCAUUUUGUUUUGAAUCACUGUGCUUAUGUAAACAAUGUACAAUGUAAAAGUAUAUUAAAUACAAAGUUGUGGAACCUUUUACUUACUUUACAAAAGGGGAAUUAUUAAACUAAGAAUACAACAAAUAGAUAAGUGCUUUAAGGUGUAAGGUGCAAGGUCACAAGGUGCAAUGUAAAUAAAACAAGUUUUGUUUUAUUUAUGGAAAGGAUGAAGGGGCUUCCCCCCCAUUGUUUGAUAAAUAUUCAAGGGGAUUUUUUUUUGUUAUACUCUAGAUAUGAUUUUUAUUCUAGUUUAAACUAGAGAUUUCAAAAUAUAAACCCUUACUUUGUUAUAAAGAUAUUUUUCAAUUGUUUUUGUUAAGUUCUCAAAAUAAAGUUAUGUAAGGUGUGGUUUGUUUCAGAUUUGUAGAAGUGAACUGGAUAUUUUAUCAAAUGGUUUCAAAAAAUGUCCCGGCCCGGCUCACCGCUUGUUAGAGGCUUUCAGCGGGUUUUAAAUAAAGAAACGAAGUGUCGAACAGAAAACUCUGAUAGUGAUUGGAUUACAGAAUCGGAAUCAGAAUAUACUCCCUCCCCCAUACUGAGCAGGGUUCAUAAACCAGAGAUAACUCCGUCCAGGUUCAGUUCUCCGGAGAUACGAAGUUCUCCAGAGACAUUAAAACGAGAUAGGUCCAGGGAUAGAAGAAAUCAUCGCCUUAUUGUUAACCAGGGAAACCCUUCAAAGUCUCCGGGAUUCAAAUAUAUAGAUCAAGUUGUCUCUAGAGUUCUGUGCACUCGCCGAGGCUCAAAUUUUGCGAGUUCAAGUGUCGCACACACCCCUCCUCCACACGAACUGGAUAUAUCUUCAAUAUACAGAUUAGAACCUGACUCUAGUGACGAGGAUCAACAGGAACUGAUAAACCUCACAAAGAACAAUUCUCGACACAAAGAAAAUUGUGCUAUUCCUGACGAACUGAAAGGACCGGAGGAUAGCUACUCAGAGGCAGGUUCGGAUAAAGAAGAGUUCUUAAAGACUGAGAGUGAAGAGGAAAUUCCUGAAACCAGGAGGGAGAAGGAGGAAAACCUAAAAGCUAGGACGGAGAAGAAACUAAACCUUGGAACCAGGACGACGAAUAAGUCGAGGAUUGUGAACAAGGAGAACAGGGUGGCUGAGUAUGUUCCGAAGGAGGAGGAGGUUGACGACAAGCUAGGAUCGGAGUCAGCUAAUUAUUCGCUCUUUAAAUCUUGUCGACUGAAGCGGAAGCGAAAACUUGUAAACAAUACAGCUUCUCAGAUUGAGUUUGUGCGGAAAAGUUUAAGAAUGUCCAACUCCGUGGCCCCCAUCUCCUCCUCCGCCGACGACUCAGAUAUAGUCAUUAUUGUUGAUGCGGAUGAUGAUAACACGGAGGAGAAACCUGUAUUACCCUCCGUAAACACUAGAUUCAAAGGAAGUGAUCAGCCCGUGAUUGAACUCUGUCAGUUCCCUGAGGAGCGUUGUUCUAGCACCGUGAUUGGGGGGGGGUGA